CACAACAGUUUUAGUUUCGUUUUGCUGUGUCCGUAACGACUUUUAUGUACAUAAAUGUAUGUAUGUAUCUCCUUUCGUAAAAUUGUAGCACUCUGAAAUAAAAAAAAAUAAAUAAAUAUCGGCAAGGCUAACAAAGAAAAACAACGACCACUGCACAAAGAAAACAAUACGUAUUUACAUUUGUGAAUUAAAGGAGGAAUCUAAAGGAAUCCCUAGAACUAAAGUCUGUCCAAGAUGACGCAACCGCUACCUAUUCGCUUUCAGGAGCAUUUACAGCUCACAAAUGUCGGGAUCAACGCAAACUCGUUCUCAUUCAGCACGCUCACGAUGGAGUCGGACAAGUUUAUUUGUGUGCGCGAGAAAGUUAAUGAUACCGCCCAAGUAGUCAUCAUUGACAUGAACGAUUCGACCAACCCCACGCGUCGUCCCAUUUCAGCGGACUCUGCAAUUAUGAAUCCAGCAAGCAAAGUCAUUGCUCUGAAAGCACAAAAGACGUUGCAGAUUUUUAACAUUGAGAUGAAAUCAAAAAUGAAGGCGCACACGAUGAAUGAAGAUGUUGUGUUCUGGAAAUGGAUAUCUUUGAACACUCUAGCAUUGGUGACGGAGACGAGCGUUUUUCAUUGGUCUAUGGAAGGCGACUCGAUGCCACAAAAAAUGUUUGAUAGACAUUCCUCCCUCAAUGGGUGUCAGAUAAUCAAUUAUCGCUGUAAUGCAACACAGCAAUGGCUGCUUCUGGUUGGCAUAUCGGCACUUCCCAGCCGUGUUGCCGGCGCCAUGCAGUUGUAUUCCGUGGAGCGUAAGGUCUCGCAGGCCAUCGAAGGUCAUGCAGCCAGUUUCGCGACUUUUAAAAUCGAAGGAAACAAGGAACCGACGACACUUUUUUGCUUCGCAGUGCGUACUUCCACAGGCGGCAAGCUUCACAUCAUUGAGGUCGGUACGCCGCCUAAUGGUAACCAGCCUUUUGCCAAAAAGGCUGUCGACGUCUUCUUCCCACCGGAAGCUCAGAAUGAUUUUCCAGUGGCCAUGCAGGUCUCCGCUAAGUACGAUACCAUAUAUUUGAUAACCAAAUAUGGAUAUAUUCAUUUGUACGACAUGGAGACUGCCACGUGCAUAUACAUGAAUCGCAUAUCGGCCGAUACAAUUUUUGUGACUGCUCCGCACGAGGUUAGCGGUGGAAUUAUUGGCGUCAAUCGCAAGGGUCAGGUGCUAUCUGUAACCGUUGACGAAGAGCAGAUCAUUCCUUACAUAAACACUGUUUUGCAAAACCCCGAUUUGGCCCUGCGAAUGGCUGUACGAAACAAUUUAGCCGGAGCCGAGGAUCUUUUUGUCCGCAAGUUCAACAAGCUGUUCACUGCUGGCCAGUUCGCUGAAGCUGCUAAAGUUGCUGCGCUGGCUCCCAAAGCCAUUCUUCGCACGCCUCAGACCAUUCAACGAUUUCAACAAGUGCAAACACCGGCAGGCUCGACGACCCCACCUCUACUGCAGUACUUUGGUAUUCUGCUCGACCAGGGAAAGUUAAACAAGUUUGAGUCUUUGGAGCUGUGUCGUCCAGUUCUGCUGCAAGGCAAGAAGCAACUUUGCGAAAAAUGGCUGAAGGAGGAAAAGCUUGAGUGCAGCGAAGAACUAGGUGAUCUCGUCAAGGCAUCAGACCUCACGCUAGCGCUCUCCAUUUAUUUGCGUGCCAAUGUUCCCAAUAAAGUGAUUCAGUGCUUUGCGGAAACGGGACAAUUUCAAAAGAUUGUGCUUUACGCCAAGAAGGUUAACUAUACACCAGACUAUAUUUUCCUGCUGCGUUCGGUGAUGCGUAGCAAUCCCGAGCAAGGUGCUGGUUUCGCAUCUAUGCUUGUGGCAGAGGAAGAGCCCCUGGCGGAUAUCAAUCAGACUGUAGACAUCUUCAUGGAACACUCCAUGGUACAACAGUGCACGGCAUUUUUGUUAGAUGCUCUGAAGCACAAUCGUCCGGCCGAGGGUGCCCUGCAGACACGAUUGCUUGAAAUGAAUCUCAUGUCUGCCCCACAGGUGGCCGACGCCAUACUUGGUAAUGCAAUGUUCACCCACUACGAUCGGGCACACAUCGCCCAGCUGUGUGAAAAGGCAGGUUUGCUGCAGCGUGCCCUAGAGCACUACACGGAUCUUUACGAUAUAAAGCGGGCCGUCGUCCACACACAUAUGCUAAAUGCUGAGUGGCUGGUUAGCUUUUUUGGCACAUUAUCGGUGGAGGACUCUCUGGAAUGUCUGAAGGCUAUGUUGACAGCAAAUCUACGUCAGAAUUUACAAAUCUGUGUACAAAUUGCCACCAAGUACCAUGAGCAGUUGACCACCAAGGCGCUUAUUGAUCUAUUUGAGAGCUUUAAAAGCUACGACGGGCUGUUCUAUUUUCUAAGCAGCAUUGUUAACUUCUCACAGGAUCCAGAGGUACACUUCAAAUACAUUCAGGCCGCCUGUAAGACUAACCAGAUAAAAGAGGUGGAACGGAUUUGUCGUGAAUCGAACUGCUAUAACCCGGAGCGCGUGAAGAAUUUCUUGAAGGAAGCUAAGCUGACUGAUCAACUUCCGCUGAUUAUUGUUUGUGAUCGGUUCGACUUUGUCCACGAUCUGGUGCUGUAUUUAUACCGCAACAAUCUCCAAAAGUAUAUAGAGAUAUACGUACAGAAGGUAAACCCUUCUCGCCUGCCAGUUGUUGUGGGUGGAUUGCUUGACGUCGACUGCAGUGAGGAUAUCAUCAAAAAUCUCAUACUAGUGGUCAAGGGUCAAUUCUCUACAGACGAACUGGUGGAGGAGGUUGAAAAGCGUAAUCGCCUAAAGCUUCUACUUCCCUGGCUUGAGUCUCGUGUCCACGAAGGCUGCGUUGAGCCCGCAACACACAAUGCCUUGGCCAAGAUUUACAUCGAUUCCAAUAACAACCCAGAACGUUUCCUCAAAGAGAAUCAGUACUAUGACAGCCGCGUGGUCGGUCGCUACUGUGAAAAGCGGGACCCUCAUCUGGCCUGUGUUGCCUACGAACGGGGCCAGUGCGAUCGCGAAUUGAUUGCCGUCUGCAACGAAAACUCGCUAUUUAAAAGUGAAGCUCGUUAUUUGGUGGCACGACGUGAUGCCGAACUCUGGGCGGAGGUCCUGUCUGAGGCCAAUCCGUACAAGCGCCAGCUGAUUGAUCAAGUCGUUCAGACUGCUCUGUCAGAAACACAGGAUCCCGACGACAUUUCGGUGACAGUAAAGGCAUUCAUGACUGCUGACUUACCCAAUGAACUGAUUGAAUUGCUGGAAAAGAUCAUAUUGGACUCUUCGGUGUUCAGCGACCAUCGAAAUCUGCAGAACCUGCUCAUACUCACUGCCAUUAAAGCUGAUCGUACACGCGUUAUGGAUUAUAUCAACCGACUGGACAAUUACGAUGCACCGGACAUAGCCAACAUUGCAAUAAGUAAUCAAUUGUAUGAGGAGGCAUUCGCCAUCUUCAAGAAGUUCGAUGUCAAUACAUCAGCCAUUCAGGUUCUGAUUGAUCAGGUCAAUAAUUUGGAGAGGGCUAACGAGUUCGCCGAGCGCUGUAACGAGUCAGCCGUAUGGUCACAGUUGGCCAAAGCUCAACUGCAGCAAGGCUUAGUCAAGGAGGCUAUUGAUUCAUACAUAAAGGCCGAUGAUCCGAGUGCUUACGUGGACGUGGUUGACGUGGCUAGCAAGGUGGAAUCGUGGGACGACCUUGUCCGCUAUCUUCAAAUGGCACGCAAGAAGGCGCGUGAGUCUUAUAUUGAGAGUGAAUUGAUUUACGCAUUCGCCCGCACUGGUCGUUUGGCGGAUCUUGAAGAGUUCAUAUCGGGCCCCAACCACGCAGACAUACAGAAAAUUGGCGAUCGCUGUUUCAGUGACGGAAUGUACGACGCUGCAAAGCUCCUGUAUAACAAUGUCAGCAACUUUGCCCGUUUGGCUAUUACACUGGUAUAUCUCAAGGAGUUCCAGGGCGCUGUUGACUCCGCGCGAAAGGCCAACUCGACGCGCACAUGGAAGGAAGUUUGCUUUGCUUGCGUAGAUGCUGAGGAGUUCCGGCUAGCGCAGAUGUGUGGCCUGCAUAUUGUUGUUCAUGCCGAUGAGCUGGAGGACUUGAUUAAUUAUUACCAGAACCGCGGAUAUUUCGAUGAGCUGAUAGCACUACUCGAGUCCGCUCUGGGCCUCGAGCGUGCACAUAUGGGAAUGUUCACCGAGUUGGCCAUACUCUACUCCAAAUUUAAACCAUCAAAGAUGCGUGAGCACUUGGAACUAUUCUGGUCCCGCGUCAAUAUACCAAAAGUACUGCGAGCUGCCGAGUCGGCUCAUCUAUGGUCGGAGCUAGUGUUCCUCUACGAUAAGUACGAGGAAUAUGACAACGCAGUGCUUGCCAUGAUUGCCCACCCGACUGAGGCGUGGCGCGAGGGACACUUUAAAGACAUUGUAACAAAGGUGGCAAAUAUUGAGUUAUACUACAAGGCCAUCGAAUUUUAUUUAGACUUUAAGCCAUUGCUGCUGAACGAUAUGCUCCUAGUGCUGGCUCCUCGAAUGGAUCAUACUCGAGCUGUUAACUACUUCUCGAAAACCGGAUACUUGCCUUUGGUCAAGCCCUACUUGCGCUCCGUACAAUCCCUCAAUAACAAAGCUAUCAAUGAAGCUCUUAAUGGUCUCUUAAUCGACGAGGAAGAUUACCAAGGUCUCCGCAACUCGAUCGACGGCUUUGAUAACUUUGACAACAUUGCGCUGGCUCAGAAGCUCGAGAAGCAUGAGCUCACAGAAUUUCGUAGAAUUGCUGCAUACUUAUAUAAGGGCAAUAACCGUUGGAAACAAAGCGUUGAGCUAUGCAAAAAGGAUAAACUCUACAAGGAUGCUAUGGAGUAUGCCGCUGAGUCAGGCAAGCAAGAGAUUGCUGAAGAGUUGUUAGGAUGGUUCCUGGAGCGGAAUGCCCACGAUUGCUUUGCGGCAUGUCUUUAUCAGUGCUACGACUUGCUGCGCCCUGAUGUCAUUUUGGAACUGGCAUGGAAACAUAAGAUUAUGGACUUUGCCAUGCCCUACUUAAUACAGGUUUUGCGUGAAUACACUAAUAAAGUUGAUAAGUUAGAGUUGAACGAGGCUCAGCGCGAAAAGGAAGAUGACACCACUGAACAUAAAAAUAUUAUACAAAUGGAGCCACAACUUAUGAUAACCGCUGGGCCGGCUAUGGGCAUUCCGCCUCAAUAUGCACAGAAUUAUCCGCCCGGCACUGCCACAGUUGCUGCUGCGACGACAACAGGGCGCAAUAUGGGCUACCCAUAUUUGUAGGCAACGACCAGAAAGCAAAUAUAUAAAAUAAUUAAUGUAAUGUGAAAAAGAAAUGUAUCAGCAUCAGAAACAUUACCAAUACAAAAAGAGUUACAAGCUAAUAGUUUAUUUUGCGCCAAACUACAUCAACACCUACACCACAGCUCCAAAACAGUAUGAACCAUAAUCAGACGUCAAACCGUUCGCGU